CACAUGACAAGGCUGAGCGCACUGAUAGCAUGUCAUCGUUAUUUUGUUCUACUUUAGACACCACUCGGGAUACAUCGCAGUGUGGGUAGGCUGGGUUUUUUUUCUGCGCGAACCCGUAAAUUCGCACACUUCAGAUGGGCCCGCGAUGAACCUAUAAUUUUGUAAGAGAAAUGCUGUUUUUUCAACAGUCAACCUCUCGUUCGGAGCUGUCGGCCACAUGUGGAUUGUUGCCUCGUGGAAAGGAAGAGCUGCAUUUAAUCUCACGGAUGGUGAUGUGAUUUUUCCGAUUCAUUUGGAUACAUUUGGAUACCCGGGAUCAUACCCAAGCAAGUCAACACCGAGGUGACUGGGACGUUGGAGAAAGAGAAUCAACAGAGUGUUAUAUUUCCCUCACGCUGGGCUGGGAAUAACUCCGGACAAUGCUUCAGUGUUCCAGCUGUGAAAAGCCUAUUCUUGAUAGGUUUUUGCUGAAAGUUUUGGACAGACCAUGGCACAUCAAAUGUGUCCAGUGCUGCGAAUGCAAAUGCACUUUGUCAGAUAAGUGUUUUUCACGAGAAGGGAGACUGUAUUGUAAGAACGACUUCUUUAGGACGUUUGGGACCAAGUGUGACGGUUGCGCCCAAGGGAUUUUACCCAGUGAUCUUGUCCGCAGGGCCAAGAGCAAAGUGUUUCACCUGAACUGUUUCACGUGUGUGAUGUGUAACAAACAGCUUUCCACCGGAGAGGAACUGUACAUCCUGGACGAAUUCAAGUUUGUUUGUAAGGAGGACUAUCAGAAUAACAAUGGAAAAGACACAAUCCUCUUUUCAGUCACGACGUGCAGCGACCCGAGUCUCUCUCCAGACUCCCAGGACCCGCAGGACGACGGGAAGGACUCGGAAACGGGACAUUUAUCCGAUAAAGACAACAACAACGAGAAUGACGAGCAGAGCACCGUCGGGAAACGACGCGGGCCUCGGACCACCAUAAAAGCCAAGCAGCUGGAGAUCCUAAAAGCGGCUUUCGCGGCCACGCCGAAACCCACCCGACACAUCAGGGAGCAGCUGUCACGGGAGACCGGUCUCACCAUGAGAGUCAUCCAGGUUUGGUUCCAAAACCGGAGGUCCAAAGAGAGACGCAUGAAGCAGCUGAGCUCUCUGGGCGGCCGGAGACACGUGUUUUUCCGCGGCCAGAGGAGGAUGAGGGCGCUGGGAGAGAGGCUGGAGGCAGAGGAGCUUGGACACUUCUCUUAUUAUGGAGACUAUCCUGGUGAAUACUAUGGCUCAGGAGGGAAUUAUGAGUACUACCAAGGCCCACCGUCAUCCCAUGCUCAGACUCCUGCAGACUUGGGCUUUGUGCCCUCCUCUGUCCCUGCUGGCACCCCGUUAGGAGCAAUGGACCACCACCAUCCAGGGCACCACUGUCCCGGAGAGGUGCACUGUUUCUCUGACACAGUCUCUCACCAUCCUGCGGACUCACCCAGUCCAGAGCCCAAUAUGCCGGGCUCAAUGCACAGCAUCUCCAGUGAGAUGUGUGGCCCCAGCACACCCUACACGACUGUGUCCCUCAGUGACAACGGAUACACCAACCAGCUGUCACAACCCUCCUCAGAAAUGAGCGAAGGCACUGUCUGGUAAACUGGCCGAGACCCAACUACAAGGCACACUUAGAUUUUGAAGGCAAUUCAACUUCAAAUAUUUUUUUGAUUCUUUAUUUAAAUACACUAAUUUAUUUAUUUAUUAAUUAU